AUUCCACAGAAUCAGCUGAAAACGCUCCUGGCUGGGGCUGGUACCACAUCUAGAUAAGUACUUUAACACUGUAAAACAACAGUUCGCUUAAGUUUUGCCUGCUAAAGUCAAAAUAUCUGAAGGGAAAUACGGAAUGUACUGUCAACGAACUCGGUUAUAAAAUAUGGGGUUUUAACAUAGCUAUCUCCUGUAUUUGUGUGGAAGCAGAGCGACGGUGUGGCGGUAGAAGAAGUUCAUAUUUUACUGGAGGACGUGUUGAAUUAAACAUUGAGUGUAUGCCGAGUUGACUACUGGACUCUUCCAAGUGUUGACAUUUUACGUCUUUGUCUCUCAAGAGGAAGCUUAUCCACUCCACUCAAAAAAAUGCCAUCCAACAAAUCAGUGUCCGAUGCUCCCAUCACUCAGUUCAUCAACUGCAGGAUAUUGAGAGACCACUGUCUGCAGAGAGAGGACCUGUGGGUGCGUGACGGAAAGAUUUUAGAUCCAGAGAAACUUUUCUUCGAUGAGCACGGUUACGCCGACAAGUGUGUGGACUGUGAAGGCAGCAUCAUCGCCCCGGGCUUUAUAGACGUUCAGAUCAAUGGAGGAUACGGGAUCGAUUUCUCUCAGGCCUGUGACGAUGCCGGCAGCGGAGUUUCUUUAGUGGCCAAAAAGAUCCUGGAGCAUGGCGUGACGUCCUUCUGCCCCACGCUGGUCACCUCGCCCCCCCACGUCUACCACAAGGUUUUGCCUCAGGUCAAAGUUCAAGAUGGAGGAGCGCAUGGAGCUGGAGUUCUUGGAUUUCACCUGGAGGGCCCGUUCAUCAGCCUGGAGAAGAAAGGAGCUCACCCGGAGCAGUUUCUCAGGACCUUCAGUAGCGGCGGGUUCAGGGACCUGAUGGAAACCUACGGCGGCCUGGACAGCGUUGCCAUGGUGACACUGGCUCCGGAGCUGGACGGCAGCCAAUCGGUGAUCAGGGAUCUCUGCCAGAAGGGAAUCACGGUGUCGUUAGGUCACUCUGUAGCCAACAUGUCUCAGGCGGAGGAGGCCGUUCAACACGGAGCCUCCUUCAUCACCCACCUCUUCAAUGCCAUGCUGCCUUUCCACCACAGGGACCCUGGUAUCGUGGGUCUGCUGACCAGUGAUCAGGUCCCUGCAGGCCGGACGGUUUACUACGGCAUGAUCGCUGACGGGAUCCACACCAACCCUGCAGCGCUGAGGAUCGCACACAGAGCCCACCCCUCAGGUCUGGUGCUGGUGACGGAUGCGAUCACAGCGAUGGGGCUCCCCCCUGGUCGUCACACUCUGGGUCAGCUGGUCAUCGAGAUCCAGGGUCUCCAUGCCUACGUGGCAGGCACUAAGACACUCAGCGGCAGCAUAGCCACGAUGGAUAUGUGUGUGCGGCACUUUAAACAUGCUUCAGGCUGCAGUGUAGAGGAGGCUCUGGAAGCUGCCUCGCUGCAUCCCGCUCAACUCCUGGGUCUCAGCCACAGGAAGGGAAACCUGGACUUUGGGUCGGACGCAGACCUGGUUUUGCUCGAUGACACCCUCAACGUCAAAGCCACAUUUAUUUCUGGGGAGGAGGUUUGGAGAAAAUGACCAGAGAAGAAGAAGAAGAAGAAGCUGGGACACCGUGGUGCCUUCAGGGAACGCUGUUAAACACACAACAAAAAUUCUGUUGAAUGUUUUAGUUCAUCAGAAAACAUUGUUCUUUAUCCUAGGCUGCUCUACACGAAAAACAUGUCAGUUAUGACGUAAAGAUCAGGCGAUUAAUGUCCUUAAAAGGCCACUGUACAGAGGAUAAACCUUUUUAAAUAUUGAUAAAAAGGACUUUUCUUAAAACCUCUAGAUAUAAAAAUAUAGAAGUUGUCUCUCCAUAUUUCAUUCAUUCAGAAAUGUUAUUCUGCGUGUGUUUGAAAGUAAUCAUUGCAGUUUUCUAUUAAAACUUUUUUUCUAUUAAAGUAUCUUUAAUUCAAGUUUCAGCAAUCAAACACUGACUCAGAUUUGAAGUUUAUUCUGACAUUGAGAUUUGAUAAAUGAUAUUGCUUCUGAUGUAAAAGAUA